AUGACACACGCUCCUGCCGACUUGGAAGCUCGCAGCUCCCCAUCGGAGCAAACCGUGCUCUCUGCUCUGAAGAAAUACAUACCAUCUCCAGUCCCGCCAAGCUUGAAAGUCUCGGAGCAACUGCAUGAGCAAUGUCUCGCUCUUCUCUCCGAAGUCGACCACCUGCAAGGCCUUCUUCAGCAGACCCUGCGCAAUCCACAACUUGUCGAGGUCCGCCAAUUCCGAUCCAAUGUGAUUGCGGAACUGAAGAUGCUGCAAAAGCUUGAACAGCGCUUUCAAAGUCAUCCGGAGACGACCGCCAAUUCAAAGCGGAGCAAAGUGCAGAACGGCAAGAGUCGGGCUUCCGAUGCAGAGAGCGAUGGGGAUGAGGCAGCCAAUGAAGCAGAAGAAGAUGAUGAUGAAUCGACUGUGGAAAUGCGACUUAUGCACGCGUUACGGUCUUCCAAUUUACCCUUCUACCAGGCAGUUUGGAGCAUUGCGAAGGAUUCUUGCCGUGGAUUGUCGGCGUUGGGGAAACGGUUUUAUUGGGAUGCCCCAGUCAAGCGGCGCGAGAAAGAGCCAAAGGUCGUUGCGAAACAAGGCGGUGGAGGCAAGCAGCCCAACAAGGACAAGCGCAAAAGCGUCUUUGUAGAUAUAGUGGCAGACGAUGGAGAAGAAUGGGUCAAAGUUUCAACCAUGUCGGAAAGCAGAUUACUAUUUGAGAUGGCUAAAAAAGGCUGGGAGCGUGACUCCGAGGACGAAUACUUCUCCGAUGCCGGGAGUGAAGUAAAACCACGACGAACAGUGCUACGGAAUUUUGAAGGCUCGGAUGACGACGCGGAUGACGACGAAGAUGAGCUGGAACUCAUCAAACUGGCGAGAGAUUUGCGAAAAGCGGCUGAUGCCACGAGACUACGGUACAAACAUCCACGGCUACGAGUCGUGCUCUCUAAGAUUCAAGAAGGGAAUGUUCCUGAGAUUGAUGAUCUUCUUUGCGAGAUGCGCAGCUAUGGAGUCAAGGUCGUGUGCCAGGAUGCGCUGUCAGAAAUAUCACACGGGAAUUCUGAUCUCUCUCACCUGUUGCCUCGCCCAUUUAAGCGUUUCACCGAGACUCUGAAUGUGGAUUGUACUCUGCUUCUCGCACUCGUGUCCGACCUUUCUCAUGCAAAGGAGAUCGAAGUCUCACCCAGCUUCCAUAGAGCGAUCCUCCGCCAAAUUGAGGUUGAGAAGCAGCAGCCGUUGCUCCCGACUGAGCUCUGGCCCGCCAUGGGGGGCCACGAAUUGAUCUGCACCAUCGAAGCAGGGGUUCGUAUGCGCGAAAUUGUGCAGCUUAUAGGGACGGAGACCGAGAAAGAGAGGACGAAAAUUAUGAUGGGAGAUGCGCCAUACACCCAUAUCGACCGUGUAUCAGCCAUUGAGAAAUUCCAAGCCCUGUCGGAUUGGCAAGUACCCGCCAAUUGGAAGAUUCCCAUCAAAGUCGUGGAUGCACAGCCAGCCAUCACCGCAGCUGAAAUUGAGGGCACAUUGCCGUCCUUGGCGAAGCAAGUUGCAGAGGGAUUGUCAGAUAUCAAUCACAGCGUGUUCAUGUAUGGAUGGGCGACGGGGAUGACAACAAUUUCCAGCAAUCGCACGAUUGAUAAACAGAUCGAGGCCACAGUGGAAAAGAACCGGGGCACGGAUGAAACCCUCGAAGGCCCUAUGGUCUGGAUAUGUGAUACCGCCCGGAGUUUAGCCGGCAAAGAAAAAGAUCGACGACCAUAG